UCUAAAGGUCGUUCUUGUCUUUGUUGCUUUCUUUUAAUUGCCUUAUCUGUGGAACAACUUAUAUCCUGGUGUUGGUCAAUCUCAUAAAUGCAGAAAAUUCCGUGCAGAUGUUCCCUAUCCGAAUGCUUUCUGCUACAGUUUCUUUCACAUUAGCGAAAGAUGUCGAAUUUUGAGCAGAGAAAAGAAAUUGAGACCACGAUUAUAAAAAUGAAUGCAGUCUUCUACUUGGCCCUGGUGUUUGGUCUAGGGACAUGUGGUGUGGUGAAAACGGAGCCAAAGAUAAACGAAGAUGAAAUCGUUGCUACUGCAACUAUCUUGAAAGAAAUUACAGAACACCAAGUUAAUGGAGAAGUCGAAAAUUCUGUGUUGGAUAUCGAGUCGCAAGAUGAAAAAUUGAGCACUGAUGUAUUCAACAAUGAUGAUGUGAAGAACAGUGAGGUAAUGAGAUGUCAUUGGAGAGCAGUUUUAGGAAACUGCACCCUAUCCGCUCCCCAUGUUGCGCUUUUUAGUGUUUAUAUGAGAGUUGCCAAACAAGGACUGGACGUUUCCGUGAUGUAUCAUCAUCGGGAAGUUGAUAGCAUUCAUAUGGACAAGAGUACCAGGUUUAUGUUUUUCGUCGUUUUAGACUCUAGCUAUCUAUUGAGAGUCACAGAAAGUAGAAGAAACAAAAGUCAAGUUACUGUAUGUUUUCGACUGAGAGUGAGACAUGCGUUCAGCAAAACAUUUUACAAUUUCGGUUGUACCAGCAAUAUUUACAAAGUAACUGAAAGUCAAACAGUGGUGGAAGUCACCAAUUGGAAUUUCAUUCUUUCAAAUUCUUUGGAGUUUGAUGUUGAUACUGACAAAACCGAGAAUGUCGAAAACUUUAUUGAAUCAAAUCAAAAUGAAAAUUCUCUCACUUGGCACAAAGAUGUCUAGAAGCGAAAGGUUCUUGAAUAACAUGGGCAAUAAUACUUUCAUUCAUUUAUAAUCAGUUAAAAACAUAAAUUAAUAUCACAAAGUUGAUUAAAUAGUGAAGUAUACUGAUAGCUAAAAAACCAAUAUGUAACAGGUUGGUAAUAUAUUAUAUUGAUUAAACAGUAAAGUUCAUUUAUAGGUAGGAAUAAAGAAACAAUGGGUAACAAAUCUAUCAUAAACACAAAAGAAUAUAAGAAAAUAUUUUCUGCUUAAUAAAUAUUUGAUUGAUGUA